GAAGGUACAUGUACUUACUGUUAUCGGUUGCAUACCAAAGAAGUCGUUAAAUAUUUACUACGUGUAUGUUUCGAAAUGCUAUUUUCCUAUUUUAUAUUUCCUUUUAUAUUAGAACUACUGUUAGGUAACAUAGUUCACGGCAGGCUCGUGCAACAGUCGAAUGAAACAAAAGGUACAGAUGGAGCUAAGCAAACUCAAGUCACUGAAGGAAGUAGCGCUAAAAUUAACGUAACAUCUUGCUUUGGCCAACACGUAUCUUACGGAGAAACUGCUGAAAAAUACUGCGUGGGACCCGAACUUGACAAAAAUUUUAAACCAGUCAGAGAUGGAUUGAAAAAUAUAGACAAGAAAGAAAAACUUAGACCACGACGGGCUGGUGAAACUAGUGAAGAAGCAACAGUUGUAAAUAAUGGUGAAGAAAUAGAAGAGGGUGAUGAGUUAGAUGAAACGGAAUUGACAAGUUUGAAUACGCUGGUCGAUAGCACAACGCAAGUCGAUACAACUUUUGAACCGUCUGCUGCAACUGCAGAAGACGUGGCGUGUCCGUCGAGCUGCCCGGCGGCGGACAGCAUGGUGUGCGGGCGCUGCGGCCACGAGCGCUACCACACCUACCUCAGCGCCUGCCACCUGCGCAUGCACAGCUGCAAGUACCCGCACCAUGGUGUACAGCUGGUCGGCCGAUAUCCCUGCGGGCAGUACGGUCCUAUCAACACGGAGUUCAACGUCAUGGGUGACAGGAUAUACCAACCGCUAGACCAGAGCCUUCCCGUAACUGGAUUUAACUGAAGAUGCUGAGUGCUGGCAGAGGGUACAAAAGCAAAUGGGAAGCUGUAAAAUUAAGUAGGUACUUAUACUUGAAAUAAAGUUUAAA